AUGGUCAAGGUUGCAGUUCUUGGUGCCGGUGGUGGUAUUGGUCAACCACUUUCUUUGUUGACUAAGCUUGAUUCUAGAGUCACCGAACUUUCUCUUUAUGAUAUUCGUGGGGCUCCUGGUGUUGCUGCUGACUUGUCCCACGUCAAUACUCAAGCCAAGGUUACUGGGUACCAACCAGCCAGUCCAAAGGAUGAAUCACAAUUGCAAAAGGCUUUGACUGGCUGUGAUAUCGUUAUCAUUCCAGCUGGUGUCCCAAGAAAGCCAGGUAUGACCCGUGCUGAUUUAUUCAAGAUCAAUGCCGGGAUUAUCAAAGGUUUGGUCACUGGUGUUGCUAAAUUUUCUCCAAACGCCAUCUUGUUGGUGAUUUCCAACCCAGUCAACUCUACCGUGCCAAUUGCUGCGGAAACCCUUAAACAAUACGGAGUGUUUAACCCAGAGAAAUUAUUCGGGAUCACCACCUUGGAUCUCGUUAGAGCCGAAACCUUUUUGGCCCAAUUGCUCAAGAUUAACCCAGCAGAAGUGAAGGGUAAAAUUUCCGUGGUUGGGGGUCAUUCUGGUGACACUAUUGUUCCAUUGGUUCAAUCUACCCCACUUGGAAAGCAAGUUGCUCGUGCCUUGAGUUCUGACCAAUAUUCCAAGUACAUCAACAGAGUGCAAUUUGGUGGUGAUGAAGUUGUCAAUGCUAAGCAAGGCGCUGGCUCAGCCACUUUGUCCAUGGCUUAUGCUGGUUACAGAUUUGCUGAACUUGUGAUUAGUGCUCUUACUGGCACCCCAUCUUAUGAUUCCUCCAAGAUUCCUGAACCUGCCUUUGUUUACUUGCCAGGACUCGUUGGUGGUAAAGCAAUUGCUCAACAAGCCGGAGUGGACUUCUUUGCUGUUCCAGUGGUGUUUGGUGCCGGUGCCUCAGUUAAGACCGUUAUCAACCCAUUGGAAGGUCUCACUGGUUCAGAAAAGAAAUUGGUGGAAGUUGCCUUGAAAGGAUUGAAGCCAUCCAUCAAGAAGGGUGAAGAUUUCGUUAAGGGUGCUGCUAAAUUAUAA